AAUGGCUUCUCAUUCUCUUAUCGUCGCCCCUGUCUGGAUUGACACGGACGAAGACUAAAUGCAAGCUAUUGCUCCAACUGGAACGAAGUAUAAUUGAACACAUAAUAGCGUUUUUGAAAACUUAUCUGUCGGCCUUUGCAAGAUAAGCGUCAUGGGCACUGAUGGAGCAGAGGAGGACGCUGUGUUCACCCACACUCUUCAAGGUCACGACCAGAAACUCCGCAACAACCUUCACCGACAGCGACAGCAACGACAAUUUUGUGACCUGGCUCUUCGCACGGGGGACACAAGCGUUUCUGUACAUGGAUGCGUCUUAGCAGCAUUCAGCCCCAAAAUAGCUUCAAUUGUGUCAGAAACCAGUUCGGAGCCGACUGAAGCUGAGAAGCAGUCAAAAGUUGGUAACUGUCGCACAGUGGAUGUAAAUUUCCGUUAUGAAGCCGUGGAGAUAGUGGUUUCUGCUCUCUACACCGGUGUUUUCCGCAUUUCCAAGAAAUACCUCUCUGAGGUCCUGUCUGCUCUGGAGUGGCUGGAGAUUUCUGAACUUGCCGCAGUCACUAAACAAUUUCUCGAUGGCAAAAACAAAAAACCAACGAUUGUUACUUCUGAAGAGAAAAAAGGAAGAGGGAGGUCGAAAGGUGUGUCGGCGAAAAAAUCAGCUCAGACCAACCAGAGACGCAAAAGCAAAUCAAAUUCAGACGAUUCGAAAGAUCAUGCUCAUUCUAAGGACGAAAAUAAUUCUGGGGAAGAAACAGAGGUCAUUGCUGUGGAGGCCUCAGACUCUACCCCUGUGCAGUUGGGGUCAGACAUGAUAGUGAAGUCUGAAGUGAAAGAAGAGGUUGAGGAUUCCUCGGCGCCUCUUGACACCUCUUGGUCGUCUGCGGCUAAACCAGAUGGUGCUGAAGCAGAAAGCACUGAGCCGGUGGAGACCUCAACUACAGCUUCUCCAUCCACUGCCAAAACCUCGUCUUCUGCUCGGAGACGCAAGAGAGGGCGCCCGGUCAAAGUGAAGGUGGACACACUCACAAAAAAAUCUCAGGGGAAACUGUCUGGGGCUAAAAAGCGAAAGCAGACGAAAUCUGGUUCGGACCGAUCGGCGUCCGGUAGAAGGAAGAGCCCGAGACAGCAAGUGAAGAAGACGAAACCAGAAAAGCAAGUGGAGACAGAAGAAGUAACAACAGAGGAUGUUGGGGAACAGGAUGAUCCGAAAGUGCUGUCUCAGGGUUUGGAGACGGAGUUGGACUUUAUCCUGGGCCGCGUGGACCACCUGCGUUGUGAGAAGUGCUUCCUCAAGUUCUACGACCUGUCGGACUACAACGAGCACGUGAACAACCACCCGACGCACACCUGCGGGGAAUGUGGCAGCGUGUUCUAUCGCAAGCAGAACCUGACGCGGCAUAUUCGGCAGACACACAUCGGCAACGCCCACCUCAAGUGCCGGCACUGCGACGUGGUGGCCAAGACGGAGAAGGCCCUGAGGCGGCACGCCCUGGACGCCCACCAGGAGAAGAAGCCGUUCCACUGCGACCACCCCAACUGCAACUACAGCUCGUGGAAGUUUGACUUUGUCGUCCGCCACAAGAUGAUCCACGACGAGGUGAAGGCCUUCUCCUGUGACAAGUGCGGCAUGUCCUUCUCGCAGUAUGCGGGCCUGACCAGCCACCAGAGAGCCUGCUACCAACUACAGCAGUACCUAUGUGACCUGUGCGGGCAGAGCUUCAACCACCAGCAGAGCAUGAAGUCUCACCGGCGCAGCAUCCACCUGGGCGAGAAGCCCUACCAGUGCAAGGAGUGCGGCAACUCAUUCAGCGACCACCGCAACCUGCGGCGGCACAUGCGCAUCCACGAGAACAUCUACCCGUACUCGUGCCCCGUGUGCUGCCAGCAGUUCCGGCACUCCAACUCGCUCAAGGCGCACAUGAACCGGCACAAGGACGUGGCGGAGAACUUCAACUUGGUCACGCCCUCAGACGGGAGGAACCGGCUGGGCGGGGCCAGCUACAAGAAGGUGCGUCGGGGCCGUGGCUCGAAGGCCACAGCGACGGCCAAGUCUGGGAGCGGGCAGCUGGAGGACUCCAAGUUUGGUGUGGUGGAUAAGCUCGGCUUGUUCGACAAGGGCCUCUCGCAGAUCCCGCUGUUUCCCCCAGCAUCGUCGCCAUCAUCACAGGACCUUCUUGGACACCAGGACGACUCCAACUUCGACAACAGCCACAGCAACGACCUUGACAUGGCGCUCGACCCGUCCAGACACCUGAGCUCAGCGUACGCUUACGGGCCUCGGGCUGCAGGCCUUAUGGGAGCUCGUGCAGGGAUUGGAGAGGCCGGAGGGGGUGAGGAGGGAAACGAGGAGGAAUUUGGGAUGGCCAACUCUAGCGGUCACUUUAGUGGCUUACUGGACAGGAAUUUUUACGGCCUCUACUCUUCGGGGGCUGCCAUGGGGCCACCUGAUAGAGCCCUGGUGUUCAGCGGCCAUCCAGGGACGUACAUCGCCCCACUUGAGCUGACUCAGCAUCAGCAGGGCCACCGCAUGUCUCCGAGAGACCGUUACCGGGGCAACGAGAUGCUGCGGGAGGCAGAAGGAACUAGCCACUGGCUGGAGAAGAAGCAGGUGGCUUUCCCCAUGCCGCACAGUACGGGCUUCUCUCACGGGUUCGACCCACGGAUGGUUUCCUCGGCCUCCUCCACCGCAUCCCACGUGGCCAACAGUCGGCACCACGGCCCGCCCGCCUCCAGGCACCACACCGAACCGCUCAAUCUGAAAAGCCCGGCUCCGGACGUCGCUUUUGAGAUGGAGUCAUCACCGUUCCGCUACCCGGGUCACCUUCACCCCGGGUCUCGCCUAGACCAGCAGCAAUCUCCUCAAGCCUCGGUCGACGCAGCAUCGCGAAAGCGAUCCGACGGCUACCCCCCGCACCAGGACUCUUCUUCCUCUCCACUCCCGCCCUCGACAGAUUCCUCCGUCUCUCAAGGUCAUGAUGGAGGAGGGGGCAGCAGUGGCGGCGGUGGUCACCAUGGAAAGUCUCCACACGAGCAGAAAGAUGCUUUGAAAAAGCACAGCGACCUGCUCUCGGGUGGGGCUUCUAUCUCGAUGGGUUGUGAGAGUCCGGAGGUCAAACCUCUGGUCAAACACAGCAGUAUGGUCCUCAUCGACUCGGAGGCCCUGAUGCAGAAGGUCAGCAGUUCCGCCUCCACGUCUGGUCUUGCAGCGGCUGCUGGCCUAAGCCUGAACAGCAUGAUGGCCGCAGCGGUCGGGCCGCUGUCGAUGGGGGCAGCGGCUCGCAUCUCUGUGGCGAACCCCGCGGGUAGCGAGAGCCAGGCCAAGUUCACUCCCUUGGUGCCCAUAAAGGACGGAUUAUCGUCGUCGUCAGCGACACACCUCAUCCCCGUGAUGCAGCAGAACGCUCUAGGGGGCGGGGCCACCACUGGGCCGCCUGCCUUCCCCGGGAUGGACAGAGCGAGCUCCUCCUCCUCCUCUCUGCAGAACCUCCCGAGGGACGCCAGCGGUGACAGCAGGUCGGCCCCCACCAUGGACGAUCCGUACGCCGGCUCGCAGCUUCCCCACAGCAAACAGCACCACCACCACCACCAACAUCACCACCAUCACCAUCACCCUCAUCAACAGCAGCAGCAGCAUCAUCCUCAGCAGCAGCAGUUGCAAACGUCCUCCGACAAGGGUAUUGUGGACGGCAAGGAAAAAGCUCCCGGUCAGACCUACGCUGGUUUGGAGACAUUAGCUGACAUCUGUUUCCAUAGUUCCUCCGACUGACAACUGGUUUAUCCAGCGAUGGCCCAUCCAACCAACAUGUUCUGCCUAGCUAACAGGUGGAAUUUUGUUGCAGUGCUUUUUUUUUUCAAACUCUUAAAGGAUAUCACGGAACCAUAUAGAUCUGUGUCUGAACAGCAAUGGCGUGGCACAUUUUGAACCAUCAUGCAUCACCUGGAAACUGACUUUGAAUCUUGCAUUGUAUGAAUUGAAAAAUAUCCAUGGGUAAGGAAGGUAAUUGACUUUUGUUAAGUGUCCGAAAAGGUUGGGUCUUCACACGUUGUGCAUCCUCUGUGAGAUAAGGUGAUGAUUGUCAUCCUUGAACGAGCUAGUAAAAUAUUUCCCCCCAUCUAGAUAGAGUGUACACUGACUGUAAUGCAUAGAAAACUGACUGUAAUGCAUAGAAAACUGACUGUAAUGCAUAGAAAACUGACUGUAAUGCACAGAAACUGGUUUCACUUCAACAAAGGCAAUGGGCACUGUAGAAAUCUGUUGGGGUGGUGACGGUGAAAAGAAUUUUUACAGGAAAAGAAGACCAUGGUUUAAAUCAUUUUUUGAUACAGGGUGAUCGCAAACAAAUUUCUGCCACUAAAAUCCAGGUAAAAGAAGUAUUUGUACAUACAUAUAUAUCUAUGUAAAUGAGAAAUUUGGUGUUUUGAAAUCUAACUCUGUGGACAGAGUUUUAAAACAAAAUUCUCAAAAUUGAUUCGCCCAUCUAGAUAAGAGUGAGAUUCAUGUGAGAGCCAUAUUUCAUUCACCUCGCAUGGGUCUCUUUCAAACUGCUGAGGGAACCACUAGCACAUGGAUGUUGACCUGUGAUGCUGUGUCUUUAUAUGGCUUAGUUUUUCUUUUACUGCUGUACGAUACAAAUGUAAUAAUAAUAAUAAUGAUAAUAACAACAUAUGCAUAGGAUUAUUUUGUAUAGUGCAAAUUCCUGUUCAGCAACUAUAUUUAAAAAUAAAAUAGUUGUACAUGGUGAUCUACCCUCUUGGAUGUUGGGAUAUGAUGUUCAUGACGGAGACUGAGACCAUGUAGUGAUAUCCUUCAAACAGACUUGCGCUUCCGGUCUCUUCUUUCAUGUCUUGACUGUCUCACUGACAUUUUUUUCAGGAUGGGCUUUGAUAAUGUCCUACUUAACACACUCAACAUUCCUUUGAGUCAUGGAUGUUUGGCAUAUCUCAGAAAAUGAUUAUUGAGCCCCCUGUGUUUAGAAUUCAGGGUUAGUGCUGCAAUUGUUCAAUUGUCCAUAGAUACAUCGUCAAAAAGUACAUUGAAGUGAAAUUUGCAUACUUUUUUUUAUGCGCAAAGUUGUUCUAGUUCUAUAUAAACUGUGAAUUUACAUUGAGAUCGAUGUAUUUAUGGAGAAUUUAUUUCAGGAAAUUAAGACAGACAUUUUUUUGCAAUCACCGUGUUUAAACAUAACGAGUAUAAUAUAACAAAGUUUUUUUUUAUACAUACCUGUCAAUAAAAAUUUCGUUUUUUCGAGUGCCUUGGACCAAGGUUGUAAGUGUAGUGUAGAUAAACUAUGGAUAGCGUUUUUCUGUCUGAACGACUCGCGUAGAUGAAUGCUCGUCAUCUUUGCUUGUAUUAUGACUCAUGACCCUGUCCGUCUAGUUCUGUGCUCACAGCAUAUGUAAGGUUAAUCCCCCCCCCCCCCCUCUUUUGAAGAUGAAUAGAUAACAGGAGGAAAUGAGAGAGUGAAAAAAGUCUUGAUGACUUGCCGUGGGCCCCUCGUCUUUCAUUCUGACUCCCCUCUCAAUUUUUGAGGUUUAAAAAAAAAAUGUUUUGAUCCUUGCAAGCCAGUUUUGACCAUUAUCGUAUCGAUGUGUUUCUCAUUACUCAAGCCAACAAAAAGCAAGCGAACCUGACUGAGUACGUGGAUGGGUGACACACAAGUAGAUUCAGCUGGAGGCCUGAAUGUGUACUUAUUGUUGUACAGAGAAGAUUGUCGGGAUUCAUUUUUUUGUACUUUGACUUUUUUAAUUCAUUGUAGUCAAGACUUUCCUGCUGCUAGUAUUCAUUCAGAUAUUUUAUUUUUGGAGAGCGUUUCUCAUUUUUAAAAGAAUUAUGCCACGAUGAACUAUCAUCUUGGCUGUUGGACAGUCGAAGUUGUCCAAAAUGGCCAUCCAGUUGCUACCCCAGAAUUCAAAGUUGUAUCUCUGCUCAGCACCUCUAGUUUUGAGAAAUUUGACGUAAAAAAAAGUUUUGAGUUUAACAACAUGUCAAGCUUUGUCCAAUGCACUUCUAUCUCAAUAGCGACUCCGAACAAUCUUUAGAUUUUGAUAGAGCAGAUAGACCCGUUUGUUAUAUAUGACCUCAUGGUUUUUAGUAACUCAAAACGGCCAAAAAUGUCAGGUGGAACUUUGUAAUUCUAAGGUACCGAUAGCGCAUUGGACAGUGUGAUUAGAAACUUUUAAAAUGUAUAAAAAAUGUAUGGAAAGACUUGAGAAGUGGCUGUUUGUGUAGAUGGUUUGUCUUAGGCAGGUGGUCGUUAGAGCAGAUUGGACUGUAUCAGGAUAAAAAAACAACCCAGAUCGGAGACUGUGUGAUUACACUGAAAUAUGGUGUUACUGUCUCCAAAUUAGCAAUAUGGAGGCUAGGUUACUGUAAAUGGUCAAACAUUUAUUGUUGUGAUCCUGUGUGUGCACCCAAAGGCUAGAGUUUGUUACAGGGUCCAAGUAAAGACACUUAAACUCACAGAAUCGAGAUUUUGUGAAAAAAAUAUUUUUGUUUGGCCCCUGGCCUACAGGAGCACCAUGCGAGGUUUUUGCCCAUUGGCAAAUUAAUAGGUAGAUGAGGUGGAGGUUUUUUAUGUAGACUGAUGAAGGUGAACAAGCGAUUAGUUAUGUAGAAUUACUUUGGAAAAGUGUGCUUAUAUUAAGUUAUAUUGUCGUUCAUGCUUGAAUCAUCUUGGCUUUGAAGCAGUAUAUAUAUAUAUAUAUAUUAGAUAAUGUAUAUAUAUAUAUAUUAUAUUUAGUCACGUCUGGCUUGCAUAUUUUGUUUUAUGGAGCAUUGUUGUUGUUGUUGCCCUGCACAAAAUAUUGAGGAGAAAGGUUUGAUUCCUUCAAGUGUUCCAUGAUAUUUGUGUUGUGUUACUCCUUGGGGAAGGGAUUUUGUGUAAGAAUUUUCCUCACUUCCUUUCAGGUAUGAAUGUGUAUCAGGUCGAAAACAGCAAAAGAUCUUGUCAGCAUGUUAACGGCACGUUUUAGCACCUGUGAAAUGGCACUUGCAUUGUGUGCUUCCCAAGAUGUUGAGAUUGUUUUACAAUGCUAUCAGGUCUGCUGAUGUACAGUAGUCUUCGUAACGUGGUGCUCGAGAGGGCUCCGAAGUGUGCGUUUACAAGGAACUUGUCUAUGUGAUCCUGUGCAAAUGGGGAAAGGGACACAACCGUCAUAUUUUCUGGAUAUUUUAGUGAUUACCUCCCGUGAGUAGUGGGGGUUUUCUUUAACAAUUAAUUACUGUUUCAUAAAUGAUUCUCUGGUGGCAGUUACGUCUACAAAAGUGAAGUGACUGUGUUUGUGUAUCUAAAUUAUAUUGUGAGAAGCUUUGAUUUUUAAAAAAGCAUGCGUUUGAGUGAAGCAUGUCUUUGUAUGGCGUGCUUUGGGAGGGGGAGACUACUGUAUUUAGAUUGUAAAGCACAUUGAGCUCAUUGAAAGUGGGAAUUUGCUCUGCACUAAUGCUAUUUAUUAUUAUCUUAUUAUUGAAGCAGAAAUUCACUCAGUUUGGUUUUAGAGGAAUCUAACUUUAACUUUAAAGUGUGUUUGUUAUUUUUGGAAAGAUUUUUUACUUUGCCUGUUUAGUGUUCUGCUUUAAAUAGUCAAUGAUGGUAUAUACUCGUGUUCUUCACUUUUGGUAGCAGAAGAUGUAAGUUUCAUUCCUCUGUGGGGAAGUCUAUUUUUGUCAAGUACUUCCAUCUUUAACUACUAGAACGAUAUGUGUGUCUCGACACGUUGGAAUCGGGUGCUCGUCAGAUUUUGGGCAUAUGGCAUUUAUUGGUAUCAUUUUAAAGCUUGUUCAUUUGUCCUGCUUUUGAAGACAAAAAUAGCCAUCUUAAAUAGAAGUCGAGAUAUUUUCAGUUAGAAGAGGUGGGGGUGGCCUGGUUCCAGUAGUAAACGAAGUGAGAAAAUAUGGACCCCAAAAUUUGGCAACCUCCAUAGCUUUCGACUUUAGAGUCCUCGGACACUGGUCAUUUACAUUAUGUUUGCCUUUAUUCAAUUUUUUUCAGUGAACCAAAUUUCACACAGAAAUUUGUUUUUAAAUCUAAUAGACAUAAAAGGUGAUAAAAGCAAAAAAGCAUGAAACUGAGAUAAAAUUUGCCUAACACUAACCUGCAGGAAGAUGUCAAUUUCUUCGGUUUCGUUAUUUUGAUGAGUGCCUGAUUUCACCACAGUGCCUCAUUAUGUCAUGUUCAGCCCAGAUUAACCAUGAAGGACAAUCUGACGAGGCGGAAGCAGCCCACUUUUAAGUUAAAUGAUUUAGUUUGUGUAGAUGAAGGUCUUUGGUCAAGUGCAUGCAGGACCCUUGCUUGCCCCGUUGUCCUUUAUUCGGCUUCAAAUGAAAUUUAGAUCUAGUUGAAUAGUGAGCUCCAUAGUGAAGCGGGAUGAUGUUAGCAGAGUGAACGAUUAAGGAUAUACUAAUUUAUAGCACGUCAAGUGUAUUGAAAAAAAAAAGAAUGAGGGAUGCAUUUUUUCUCCACAUGCAACGCGUUUCUGGUGAAUAUAUUUAACUGGUCUUACAAAACCGUAGAUCUGUAAAUAGGCCUACGUGACACAUGUUCUGUGUUAUUUGUGUUGUAUUAUCAGAGUAGGAAGUAAAUUCUGCGGACAAUUUUUUUCUAUAUAUUAUCUUUUAAAAAAAAAAAGUAUUAUCAAUGAUUGCUAUGUAAUAGUACCCCCAUGUCUUUGAUUAGAAGGAUUUUUUUCUAAAUUUUUACAAAGAAACUGUGUGGUCUUCGUAAUUGUACUAAAAGACAAUGUAUACUGUGCAGGGGAAUGGUGGUUAAGCAUGAGCAGCUAGGGAUGACUUUUUGCUUUUUAAACUGACUGCGAGGAUGAUAAGAGGACCGAUUUAUUUUUUGCCUCGUCCCCUUUUUUUUAAUGCUUUGAUAGCUUCACACUGCCUUUUGUUGUACUAGACUUUUUUCAGAAUAUAAUAACUGUUCAUUUUAAUUUUGAUUUUGUUUUGUUUUUGAACCUUGUUUUCAGUUUGCAGCCUGUUGAAAAGGCUGGGUAAAAUGUUAACAGAGGAAAGAUUACAGAUGGGUCAGGUCUAAUUCUUACUGAUUUACAUUCCAAGCCUUGAUACAGUCGAAAAAGCAGACCAAAUUGUCCGAGAUUGCUACCUGUUGUCGUCAAGAAAAGUCGUUGUCUUAGACAGAGGGACGUCUUAGACAGUGUCUAUAUAAGGUAAAAAGAACUGCAAGCGGGAAAAAUGGCAAGUGGUCAUUUGUACUGGUGAUUGUCUUGGACAGGUGGCUACUAGAGCAGGUUUGACUGUAUGCCGUUCAUGUUUCCU